UGUGGUGAUGACAUGUAGCUACAAAAAUAUGUUGUAAUGUUUCUCUUUUAAUAUAUAGGAGAUUUUAGAUUUCUAUGUUAUGGGUCUCUUAGGAUCAUUUAUUAUAAACUAAUCCAACUAAUCAUUGACUAUCUGUUGGCGUUUAUGAUUAUGAUUUAGAGUGUAGGGUCUGAUUUUGUGUUUAAGACUUAUAGUUGUGUUUUCAAGGGUUUUUUUUUGGUAAAAUUUUCAAGGGUUUAGUGCUCACUCUACGUCAAUUACAUGUUUCGGAUAUAUAGUUUUCUUACAACUCCUGAUUUUUUUUUAAAAAAUAUCUAUAAAUUUUUAAAUAUGUUUAUCUUAUGUAACUAGUGUUCAUCCUUAUUCAAAUGGUGACAAUUUUGAAUUUCUAUAUAUAUAUAUAUUUUUUUUUUGUCAGCUGAAUUUCUAUAUUUUAAAUCAUACAAAUUAAUUAAAUUCACAACACUGUAACUCUACAAGUGUGCGAAGCUUUGCGGACCACAGAGAAUGAACACUCAACAAUUUCACAUAUCUAAUAGUACGAUUCUUCCUGAUUGAAGUUAUAUGAUUUAGAUUUGGCUUAUAAAUUAACCGUAAACAUACAUUCCUUAAGUACAAUACUUUUCAGAGGUAUAUAUAUAGGCAUGAUCUUUGUAAAUCAAAAAAGAAUCUGAAAACUUCACUCUAGCCUUACAUCACGUUUUAGAAUGGUUGCUAUUUCAAAAUUAAAUAAUUUGGUCGAUUAUGCUAUAUCCACCAAAUCGCCCAAUUACAUUCAAAUAUAUUUUUACCAUGCAAGUACAUUCAUCGUGGGCCUCGCCUCGGCCCAAUAUAUAUUUUAGUUCGUUAUUCUUGAUCACGCCAAUGAAAAGCGAAGAUAAAAAAAAUAAACACUAAAAAAAAUGUUGAUAUCUCUCAGAGAGUCAAAUCAUAUGAUGACGUCUCGGCUCCUACUGUAGCUGACAGACUUGGGAAGUAGUGUUUUGUAAUAAAGGCGGGCUUUUUUCUCCUUUCAUCUUCUAGGGUUUUCUCUCCAGUGAUCAUUGAGCAGCAACAUGAUGCUAAAGGACUGUGAAGUCGAAGUGUGUUCAGAGGAAGAAGGCUUCGUAGGCGCGUGGUUUCGAGCCGUGUUAGAAGAGAACCCCACCAAGUCCGGUCGGAAGAAGCUCCGCGUCCGCUACAUUACUCUGCUAAGCGACGACGGUCUCACUCCUCUCACCGAGUUCAUCGAGCAGAGAUUCAUCAGGUCGAUCCCUCCGAAGGAGAUGCAGAACGAAGUCGUUUUGGAGGAAGGAACUUUGGUCGAUGCGGAUCACAGAGAUGGGUGGUGGACAGGUGUCAUCUCGAAGAAGAUAGAAGAGGGUGAGAAGUUUUUGGUUUACUUCGAUUCGCCGCCUGAUAUAAUCGAGUUCGAGAGGAAUCAGUUAAGGGCUCAUCUUGAAUGGACCGGGUGGAAAUGGGUCGUACCCGACAAGGAGAAAGUGGAUAACUCCGAGUUUUGCUCGGGAGCAACGGUGGAAGUGUGUUCUGCCAAAGACAAAGCGUGGUACCCGGCGUUGAUGGUUACAGAGAUUGAAGGAGAAGAUGGCGAGAGUAAGUUCCUUGUCAAGGACUUUAAUCAGCGGUUGAGCUGCAUUGGUGGUGAGGCAACACCAAGCUUGGUUGUUGACGGUCACAGUGUGAGACCCGCACCGCCUCCUUCCUCCGUUGGGGAGUUUGAGUUGAUGGCACGUGUAGAGCUCUUGCGUGGCUCUGGAUGGUGCCAAGGGUUGGUGCAGAAGAUUCUCUCAGAGGAACGUUACUGGGUUAGUUUAGACGUUACCAAGGAGGAAUAUGUGUUUAAACACUCGGAGCUUCGGCCAUUGAUGGUGUGGGAGAAUGGGAAUUGGCGUGACGAAUCUAAGCAAAAGCCGGUGAAGGAGACUCCUUCCAACACCUUAAACAAGAAUCCAAUGCACUCUUGUUCUGGUCCUAAGCCAUUCACUAGAGUUAAAACUGUGGAUGCCACUGCAGAGCUGAGAACGAAGAAGAAGAAUGAUGCUGUUAUUAGUGAUAAAACUCCUCCGGUCACAACCGUAACACCGCUGAUACAAACAGAAACUGAAGGAGAAAAAUCAUCUGAGAAGAGACUUGAGCAAAUGCCUAAGGAGAAGAACAGUGAAGCUACUAGUAGGAAAAGGCAAAGAGGACAAGACAAACACAAGGAUAUGAAUGAAACUGGAAAUUUAUCAACUACUAGUUCGGAAGAUAGGGUCAGGCAAAGCAGACAAAAGCAAAAAACUGUAAAAGAAACUCCAAAGAGGCCAAUGCCUUCUUCUUCUUCUGGUGCUAAGAAGGCCACACAGCAUAUGAAGAAACCCUUGAACCCACAUGACAAUGAAGAAAACAACACUCUAGAAGCCACUGGAGGAUUAGGAAAGGAUACUGUGAUGAUGAAUGAUAAAACCCCUGAAGUAAUGUCAAUAGCAAAAGAAUAUGUAGACCCGUCUUUGGUCAUAGCUGCAACUCCACUGAAACAAACAGAGGCCAGAGCUGUAGAAAAUACAUCCCCAGUGAUGAAUCUGAAUGAUUCAACUCCACAUAUGACGCACGAGGAGGAGAAUAGCGAAGCUAAGAGUAGGAAAAGGAGAAGGGAACAAGAUCAACACUCGAACCUGAAUGAAGAAGCUGAUGGGACUAGCAACGUUUCAAUUGGUGAGGUGAAUGAUACAGCAAGUAAAAAUAUGUGCCGUGAUGGUGAAGUUGUUGAUCAGCUUAUCUCUUCUUGGAUAGGAAAUUCAUCUACUGAGUUGUCCCCUGAUCAGAGCUUGAAGGAAACACCAGCCAAAGACAAAACUCUAAUGGAUUUGCCUUUCACAAAGAAGUCACCGUACUGGAAGACCUACGAGACAACACAAGCUUUCAAAUCCGUUCCGCAACGACCUCACUUCAGCACGCUGCUCGAAGCUAAAAAAGAUUUCUUCCUCGAGUCUGCAGCGGUUGGGAUGAUGGUUUCCUUUUACGGCUUUCUAGACGAAGUGAAGGAUCUCAAGCUCGAUGACUCCACAAGUAAACUCCACGAUCUCAGCGUUUCGUUUGCUGAAUUAGAGAAGAAUGGGUUCGACGUCGAAGCUCCUCAGGCAGUGAUCAGCAAAGUGCUGUCUCUCAAAGACGUGCGAGACAGGAAAGCCGAGGAGCAAAAACGUUAUGAGGAGGACAUUGGAGAGGAAGAGAGUGCAAGUCUCGAGUUAAAAGAAGUGAGGGCUGAGCGGAGACUCGAAAUCGGUGAGCUGCAACGCAAAAUCAGUGAGCUGGAGAGACAAGAUGCAGUUGGGAAACAGAAGGAGGAAGCAGCAGAGGAAAAGAUAGCUGACAUGAAGGCACAUGUGGGAAUGAUACGCCAAGAGAUUGAAGAUGUGGAGGUUGAGUUUCAGAAAACUAUAUCAGCUCCAUGGUAGGUAACAAGAGUUAUAAUAUAACCUCUCCCUCCCUAUUUUGGUAAAUGAAACGAGUAGAUGAAGUUGGUGAAAAGACAUGUCUGAGAUUGUUGGCUACCUCUUAUGGAAUGGUUUGUGUUUUAAAUUUUUUUAAGCUAACCACCCUUUUGUAGUAGAUCUUUAAUGGUACUUAGUGUGUUGAUGAUGAUGAUCUGUUCACGUA